AUGGGUUCCAUUAUAUCGACGCUUAAAUCAACGGCAUCGGCCAUAUCAGCUGGCCUGAGGACGGUUCUGACGCUUCACAAGCAAUUCUCAUCUCUUCUUGAACGCGCGUCCUCAGAGCCAGGGUUUCCCGUGCCAAAGCCCACAAAGUCAUACUGGCUCGACGACCCGCCAUUCCCAGCACUAUGCGACAUCCAAGAUGACAAGCUUCCCUCCGAAGUAGACAUUGUCGUCAUCGGCAGCGGCAUCACAGGCGCAGCCGUGACGAAAUCUCUGCUAGAACUGUCCAACUCUAGUCUAAGAGUUGUAGUCUGUGAAGCAAGACAGCUAUGCAGCGGUGCAACGGGUAGAAAUGGCGGGCAUAUUAAAAGUGCACCAUAUGAUGAAUUCGCCAUGUUCAAGUCGAAGUUGGGACCGGAGAACGCGAGGAGGAUAGUGAGGUUUAAGAGAAGGCAUUUGGAGAUGAUGAAGCAGCUGGGGAGGGGGGUCGAGGUGGCUGAGGUUAGAGAGGUUGAGACGGUGGAUGUCUUUGUUGAGAGGGAGGAUUUUGAAAAGGCGAAGAAGCAGGUUGAGGAUGUUAGGGAGUGGAUGCCGGAGGAGAGGCAUCGGGUUUGGGAGGCGGAGGAGGCGAGAAAGGAGUUUGGGGUGAAUGAGCUUGUUGUGGGAGCUGUGACUUACACGGCGGGUGCACUCUGGCCAUAUCGUCUUGUCACGAGUGUGUGGAACGAUUUACUCGAGCGGUUCCCGGGGUUGAGUAUCAACACUCAUACACCUGUGGAGAAGGUAUCUCAUAACUCGGAUGGCUCUUAUACAGUUACGACACCUCGUGGAGUCAUCAAGGCGAAGCAUGUAAUCCACACAACAAAUGCUCAUGCCGGGCAACUCCUCCCUCCAGUAAGGGGCUGUGUCGUCGGUGCCAUCGCACACAUGAGCGCCCAACGACCAGGAUCUUCAUUCCCCCCAACCCAAGGAAACCGCUCAUGGUCUGUGAUCUACAAUCCAGGCUUUGACUACAUCACCCAACGUCCAGAUCGACCAGACGGCACUCCCGGUGAUCUAAUGAUAGGAGGUGGUUUCUUCCGCAGCAAGGAAGACGGCCUCGAUCAAGUUGGAAUCUGGGACGAUAGCAAAACCCACGCCCUUCCCCUAAUGCACAUCCGCGGCGUGAUGCCUUCCGUCUAUGAACCAAACUGGGGCCCCGGGAGCAGUCUCAUAAAAGCCUGGACUGGCAUCAUUGGCUUCACGGGUGAUUUGAUGCCCCUUGUUGGACGAGCCCCUGGGUCGAAAGGGUCAGGGGAGUGGAUGGCCGCUGGGUUCUGUGGCGAGGGGAUGGUGUAUGCCUGGCUUUGUGGAACGGCAUUGGCGGUUAUGGUGCUUGACAACCAAACCGACUCAUCUCCGUUCCUCCUCAUUCCAAUGUCACUCCUCAACAUGAUGCCCGAAGAACGCAUCGACUCAUGGCGUCAACGAGUUCCAAGCCGUAUGGAUCGCGACGAUCCCUUCGAAGGAGACCACUUCGACGAACGUCCCCCUACGCGUCUCACUUUUCGUGAUGUUUCUCCUCCUGAGGCUAGACCUUCUACGCGCCUGGGCUUCUUCCGCGCUGCUACGCCAAUGUUCGGACGUAGUUCUACGCCUUCUUCUACUCGGCCUGCUUCAAGCUUGAUGCCGAGACGUGCGGAGGGGAAGCGAAGGAGUUUGUUGAGCUUAUUUACUCGCAAGAGGAAGAGAAAGGAGCCGGAGGAGAUUCCGAGGGAUCCUGUCCGUUUGAACUUUUUGUUUGUCGGGAGCAAGGCCGCUGGUCAGACGUCUUUGCUAUUUCGAUCUCGCUAUGGAUACUUUCCUGAUUCAAACGCCUUUUCUCGUCCUCUGUAUGAGACCUACGUCAACGAACGAAUGUACCACAACCAGCCUUUGACCUACAUUGAAUGGGACGCCGUGUUUCUCUGUUUCGAUAUCUCAGAUAAAAUAUCCAUGUACACAAUCAUCCAAUGGUGGCAUCAUGCUUCGGACCAAGGCUUCACCAAAUCUGCGAGUUUUGCGCCAUUGCUGUACCUCGUUGGUCUAAAGAAGGAUCUCCGCGACCAGUGCUUUUUGGAAGAUCAUCAAACUGGUUCUGCAUUCUCGUCGUCUGGACUAUUGGCGUACCCGACUUGCUGCAUCUGCUCAUCAGAGGCAAACUGGCAGGCCACCCGAAUUGGAGCACACAAAUACAUUGAAUGCUCGGCUGCGACUGGUGAAGGGAUGAAGGAGGUUAUCGAUGACUCUGGAAGAGAGGCGAUGCGAAGACUUGUUGGAGGGCAAGUGCCUGAGGAUGAGGUUAUCCCCAAGAAGAAGCGUCGUUUCUUCUGA